AUGCGAGUGCUGUGUUUUAAGCGCUCUGUUUUUGAGCGCUUCCUUGACUAUAACGGAGCAUCUCAGACAGUCUUAGUUGCCUUUCUGAUUCCAUGCUGCCUGGCUGCAGACUUCAGGGCACCCCCACUUAUCCCUAAUAUGCCUUUCCUAUGGGCCUGGAAUGCUCCAAAGGAAUCCUGCACCUCGCGGUUUAACGAGCCACUAGAUCUCAGUCUGUUCUCUUUAGUAGGAAGCCCCCAGAAAGGUGCCACGGGUCAAGCCGUCACAAUAUUCUACACUGAUCGUCUUGGCUUCUACCCUUACAUAGACGACGCACAAAUAAGUAUUCAUGGAGGGAUACCCCAGCUGGGGUCUCUAAAAAGUCAUUUGGUAAAAUCUAAGAACGACAUCCUGUAUUACAUGCCAAUAGAUAACGUGGGCCUGGCUGUCAUUGACUGGGAAGAAUGGCGGCCCAGCUGGUCCAGGAACUGGAAACCCAAGGACAUCUACGUGAAUAAGUCCCUUGAACUGGCCCAGCACCGAAAUGCACAGCUUAAUGUCACAGAAGCCAUCAAGAAGGCCAGAAAGGAGUUUGAAGAGGCAGGGAGAAGUUUUAUGGAAGAGACUUUAAAACUGGGGAAAUCACUUCGGCCAAAUCACUUAUGGGGUUUUUAUCUUUUUCCUGACUGUUACAACAAUAAUUAUCAAGACCCCAACUACACUGGAAGUUGCCCUGAUACCGAAAAGGAAAGAAACGAUGAUCUCUCCUGGCUGUGGAAGGAAAGCACGGCCCUCUACCCAUCCAUCUAUUUGUGGAGUGACUUGAAGUCAUCUUCAAAAGCAGUGCUCUAUGUCAGAAAUCUUGUACAAGAGGCCAUUAGGGUGUCUAAAGUAAAGGACCCUCAGAACCCAGUUCCUGUUUUUGUGUAUUCUCCUAUUGUGUUUUCUGACCCAACUUUCCAAUAUCUGCACCAGGAUGACCUUGUGAACACAAUUGGUGAAACAGUUGCUCUGGGUGCCUCUGGGAUGGUAAUGUGGGGAACCCUUGGUUUGGCACGAAGUAUGAAAUCUUGUCUGAACUUGCAUAAUUACUUGGAGACCACCUUGAAUCCUUACUUAAUCAACGUCACCCUUGCAGCCAAAAUGUGUAGCCAAACCCUUUGCCAGGAUCAAGGCGUAUGCUCGAGAAAACACUGGAACUCAGAUAACUAUCUCCACUUGAGGCCGGAAAAUUUCCAGAUUCAGUUUGUGAAAAGUGGAAAGUAUGAAAUCCGUGGCAGUCCCACCCUUGCCGACCUGCAGUACUUUUCCAAACACUUUCAUUGCAGCUGUUACGCCAACUUGGACUGUAAGAAGAGAGAGAACAUGCAAGGCGUGAGCUCUGUCAGUGUGUGUGUUGUUGAAGACAUCUGCAUUAAUUCCUUUGUAAUUUCAGAACCCCGUGCUCUACCAGCAAACUGGAAACACUCUUACUAUGCUAAUAGCAGCCAGUCAGGUAUUACAUCAUCUGCCACAGUGAGGCCAUGUGUGCCAAGGAAAGACGUCAGUGGGUAUCUCUUUCUUCUCUAUCUAUUCACAGCAUUUGAGACAUUUGGUAUAGGUUUUUGAUCACUCAAAAUAUUGGACAUCAUCUUUCAAAAAAUCAUUCUAUAUAAAUAAUCAAGCUUCUGCUUUGAAUUUCAGAGACAAAACGUAUAUUCUUCAAUCAAAAACUGAUUGUAAUGCUGUCAUAUUUU